ACAUAUUUCAUAGUAGUAAGCUAGAAAUAGAUGCAAAGAUGGAGAGGGUGGCAGUUCAAUAGUUUCUGAUGGAGUGUACCUCCACGACUUUAAUAAAUGGCCUUGAUUUCUUCCAACCAAUUGUAGAGUAGAAGAAAAAUGGUAUCUGAGAAGGCAUGAAUUAGGUAAUCUAUCACAUACUCUGCUAUAAACACACAAUAAUAUAAUGCUUUUUUGAAGAACCUGUGAAUGAACGUGAAUUGAAUCCCUUAACUUUCCCUAUCUAUCAUGUGACUGCUAUUAAGUCUCAUAUCUAAUUGCACUUGUUUCUCCAUUCACGCCACACCGCUCUGAUUCACUCCAUUCACGUUUCAGUUUCAAUGCAUUCCUGUAGCAUCCUCUCCUCUCUAUAACCAACUAUUUUUGACAACCAUGCACCACUUGUUCUCUUUUUCUUUCUCUUUCUCUUUCUCUCAUGAAGGACAUGCCCUUCUUUCUCCUCAAAAACUCCUUUGGUGCCAAGAUGAAGAAAGGUUUCAGAACCUUGUGCAACAACGACGGUUCCACCUCCACACUCAACCAACACAACAACAUAAGCUCCCCUUCAAAGCAAAGCUCUCCAACACUGGAGGAUCUGAUACUGCAACUUGAAAUGGAGGAAGAGAUGGCGAGGAAGGCCAAGCUCAACGAAUACAGUUCCAUACGAAGGGGAAGGAUGUCUUGUGUGAACAACAGCGACAUCUUGAGGUCUGCGAGGAACGCGUUGAACCAAUAUCCAAGGUUUUCGCUUGACGGUAGGGAUGCUAUGUACCGAUCCUCUUUCGGAACAGUGGAAGGAAGAAGAUCGGUUUGCAGCGAGAGGAGUUUAGGGGGAAUGUUGAUGGAAGAAGAGAUCAAUGAUUUUGAAAGGGAGAUGUGUUUGCCAACAACGGUGGCUGGAGAGAGUGUCGUGUGGUGCAAGCCAGGGGUUGUAGCGAAGUUAAUGGGUUUGGAAGCAAUACCGGUUCCAAUUGGUGGAAGCAGAAGAAGAACGGACGAUAAUAAGAAGAGAGAAAAGAACAAGUUGACGAUGAUGAGUCGGAGGGAGAAUCUAAUGAGGAGAAGAUUCGAGAGGCAUCAUGAGUUGGAGAGAAAGAUAGCAAUGGAGAUGCAGCAGGGGUAUAAUGGGCAACAUUGUAUUAUGAAACCAGUUGAGUUAGAAGCACUGGCCGCCGGGGGUCCUGGAAUUUGGCAGCACCGCAGAUAUGCCAAGCCAUUCAACUGAGGAGUCUUCGGAGGAGUCUUCUGAUGUCUUAUACCAUGCUCUUUACAAUAAGCAUCAAAUAGACCUGAGUACUCACUACCAUUGUCAGUAUAAAUG